CGCGUACGCGUGUUCCCAGCUGCAAGCGGCACAGAAACGUCAAAAAAAGCAGCGAGUAAUGCACAACGAGUGUCGUGCGAUUACGGUUCCUUACGAGGGGUUUAUCCCAGCGACAGCGUCGUCUUCGUCGAAGUGCCGCCUCCGCCUCUGCCGUCGCGCACGGGGUAUCGAACAGCGUGGUGAGCAGCGCCGCGGCGCUACCUGCCGCCGCGUCGGCUAUAUAAAUGCUCGGCGCCGUCGGACGCGCUCAGUAUGUGUCAUGCAUUGCGAGCGCGAUUGUCGUCUGUGAUGGCGGCCCGAGUGCGGUUGAAGAUUCACCGCGGCACCGGCGUGUCGCCGCUCGCUGCUCUGCUCGCUGUGUGCGCUGUGUUGAGUCUUGUGAGUGGGAUGUUCGAGCAUCGGCACUGCGGCCACAAACAUCCACGAGCACACGAGAUAAUCCACGGCGUGCACAUCGAGCCAGCACACGAAGUAAAGAAACGUAGCAUCAGUCAGCCAGUUCGUAUUCUGCUAUCUUACGACGAGAGCGUCUUUAGGUUGGACGACGAGAAACUGGAUCUCAUUAACAAUACCAUUCUGCCCGAGGCUGUACACUUUUGGGAACGAGCGUUGAUGGUGCGAGAGACGAAGAGUACCAUUAGACUGAACAGGAAAUGCGAGAGCAGUCAAGUUUUCGUUAAGGAUCACCACACACACUGUAUAGACACUUGCCGGUCUGUUACUAUGUGCGGCGAAGUAGUCGUCCCAGAGGAUCAUCUUGACGUCUGUAGAACGUGUAACGCGACGGGACAUAAUUGCGGAAUAGCCGAAGGGAGUAGAGCAGGUCCGGGAAUCGACGGUGCUGAUUUCGUCUUCUACGUAUCUGCCAUGCAGACUGAGAGGUGUCACAAAGGGUUAACGGUAGCUUAUGCCGCUCACUGUCAACAGGAAGCUGCCUUGGAUCGGCCGAUAGCUGGUCAUGCCAACCUAUGUCCGGGAAGUAUCAGCACAAAACCGCAGGAGUUGGAAACACUGCUCAGCACCGUUAAACACGAGAUCCUGCACGCUUUAGGAUUUUCCGUGAGCUUAUUCGCUUUCUACAGAGACGAGAAUGGCGAGCCCAGAACGCCCCGAAGAAGUGAUACCGGAAAACCACCCCUUAACGAGAAGUUACAAACGCACCAGUGGAGCGAGAACACGAUCAAAACCGUAGUCAGGCCUCGCUGGCAAGUGCACGGCGGUUACGUGGAGAGGACCAUGCAAAUGAUAGUCACGCCUCGGGUCCGUGCCGAAGUUCAAGCGCACUUCAAUUGCUCGCAACUCGAGGGUGCGGAACUGGAAGAUCAGGGCGAGGACGGUACAGCUCUCACGCAUUGGGAGAAACGUGUAUUCGAGAACGAAGCUAUGACCGGAACGCAUACGCAAAAUCCAGUUUACUCGAGGAUAACGCUCGCUCUUAUGGAAGAUACCGGUUGGUACAGCGCCAACUAUUCGAUGGCGCAAGAGCUAGGAUGGGGGAAAAAUCUAGGAUGCAAUUUUGCCAUGAAAUCUUGCAAGGAAUGGAUAUCCUCCAAAUCGUCCCCCUUCUCAGGAAAAUCGAUACAUCCUUUUUGCAAUAAAGUGAAACAAGAUCCGUUGCAAACUGAAUGUACGGAUGAUCGAAGUUCAGUGGCCUUGUGUAACCUGGUGAAGCAUCCGCGGCCGCUUCCCAAAAAAUACCAGAACUUCGACUCGAUUCCUCACGUAUCUGAGGGAAAGGAACAAUACUAUGGCGGCUCGGUAUCUCUAGCAGAUUACUGUCCUUACAUACAGGAGUUUACGUGGAGAGUACGGAAUAUAGUAGUCAGAGGUUCUCACUGCCUGUACGAAGAGAAUAAUCCGCAUCCCGACAAGAAUUUCGCGUUAGAGAAGUACGGCCCUCACUCGAGAUGCUUCGACCACACUAACGACAUGUGGGAGGAGAGAACUUGCAAACAAGCGCGACAGUGGCAGCAUUGGGGUUCCGGUUGUUACUUGUACAAGUGCGAAGCCGGCAAACUACAUAUUAUGGUCGGCAAUUACACUUAUACUUGUUACCACGCUGGACAAGAGAUUAUUAUAAGGAUUAUGCAGAAUGGUUGGCUGCAUAAAGGUGCUCUAAUUUGCCCGCCCUGUCGAGAGAUUUGCCAGGCGGAAUUUAAAUCAAGAGGCGAAAUAUGCAAGCCAGGGGAUGAGGAACCACCCUCUAUAUAUUAUCACAAAGACUAUCUCCACUGUGCGUCAGACAGUUUUGGCCUAAGUACAUCAACGCUUAUUAUUUCAAUUUUAUUCUUCAUAGUUAGAUGAUACGCCGUUUGUGUUAGUUAAUGUUUUAGCACUAUCGUAUCUAGGUCCAUAAACAUUGUUUAUUGACUCGUAUAUCGAUUUUCGGCAGUGAUAUUCUCAGUCCAGUCCGAAAAUGUUUCAUUUUUUUGCAAUAAUAUAUUUCUAUUCAAAUUU